AUGGCUGCGGCGCCGGGGACCGGCCCCGGUUGCCUGGGGUCGCCGGCUCAGGCUCCCUCGAGCUCACUCGCCGGGGUUGAAGGCGCCCCGCGGCGGCUGGGCGUAUCGAAGCCGUCGUGGAUCGUCCGCACUGAGUCAAACGUUAGGAGGGAGAGACCAAAACGACCCGAUCCUCCUUGCACCAUCUGCAAAGGCACAGGGAGAAUAGACUGCCGAAACUGCUUUGGUCGAGGAAGAACAAACCAUGCCGAUCUGGUCAUGCUUCCAAAGGGCGAAUGGCCACAAUGGUGUCGAAUUUGUGGUGGUAAUGGACUGGAUUACUGCCUCCGGUGCCAUGGAACGGGUGAAUAUCGAGAACCCAUGGGCUUCCACUUCACUGUCCAAAGAAAAUGA